AUGGUCGCUCCUUUGUUCCGCGAGGCCUGGGCUCUCGUUCUCACCCUGCUUCGCGCCCUGUCUGGUGAUUUCGAUUCCGGCUUUUCUUCUACUCUCCGUUCUUCCUUUAUUACCUGGCUAUGCUGCCGUUUUCAAUCUCUCAAAACUGCAAUUGACUUCGUCAUGGAGCUCUUCUACCUCUUCUUUUGUCUGUCUUUGACUGUCGCACAAUCCCCCGUCGUCAACCUAGACUAUGCCAGCUACCGAGGACGCUCCUUGCCAAACGGAGUUUCCCAGUGGCUAGGAAUGCGCUUCGCCGCUCCUCCCAUUGGGGAUUUGCGCUUUGCUGCUCCUGAAGAUCCGACGACUCAGCAAGGGGUUCAGGACGCAACCAACCAUGGAUUCCUCUGUAUCCCCGUCGCAGGCAGUCUGAAUACCCCGAUUGCAAGGCAGAGAUCCGAAGAUUGUCUCUUUUUAGAUGUUUAUGCGCCCACAAAGUCAAUCGGGGCAAACACCAACAAACUGCCCGUAUACUUCUUCAUUCAAGGUGGAGGAUUUGCCGACCUCUCCAAUGCAAACUAUAAUGGAUCGGGCUUGGUUCAAGCCUCCGGUCGAAACAUGAUUGUGGUCACAUUCAAUUAUCGCGUGGGUCCUUACGGCUUUCUCGCUGGUGAUGAAGUGGAGAGCGGAGGUAGUCUCAACAAUGGUCUGAAAGAUCAGAUUAAAGCUCUGCGGUGGGUGAAGAAGUAUAUCAGCAAUUUCGGAGGAGAUCCAAACCGCAUCGUCAUCGGCGGCGACAGUGCUGGCGGCGCAUCCGUAACCCUCCUCCUAUCCGCCUACGGCGGUCGAAACGAAGGCCUCUUCAUCGGCGCAGCAGCCGAAUCCCAAAGUUUCGGAACAAUGCUCAACGUCCCCGAAAGCCAAUUCGCCUACGACAACCUAGUAACCCGAACAGGGUGUACCGACACAGACGACACCCUCGCCUGCCUCCGCAGUCUAGACAUAACGACUCUACAAAAUCAAAACAUCGGCACCCCACUACCCGGCGGCAAAAAUAAACCCUUAUAUCUCUACAGUCCAACCAUAGACGGCGACCUAGUCCAAGACCACACACUCACUCUCUUCCGCAAAGGGAAAUUCAUCAAAGUCCCCGUUAUUUUCGGCGACGACACGAACGAAGGAACCAUCUUUGUUCCGAAGAGUACUUCUUCCCUCGCCGCGGCGGAUACAUUCAUCAAGGACCAAUUUCCUAGUAUAUCCGCGGCCCAAAUGUCCAGGGUGAAUAGUAUAUACCUCACACCCAACCAAACAAAGAUCUACCCCGGUUCAUCCGCCUACUGGCCUCCCACAUCCACCGCCUACGGAGAAAUCCGCUACAUAUGCCCCGGCAUCGAGAUGAGUUCCAUCUACGCAGCCGCAGGCGUGCCCAGCUGGAACUACCACUUCGCCGUACAAGACCCGCACUUCGAGUCCAUUGGUGAAGGAACAACACAUACCGUCGAGGUAAAUGCGAUCUGGGGACCCGAUUAUGUGAGUGGUGUUCCGCCGGAUUCGUAUUAUACGACCAAUGCGCCCAUUGUGCCGCUUAUGCAGGGCUAUUGGACGAGUUUUGUGCGCGAUUUGAAUCCGAAUACGUACCGGGCGCAGGGGAGUCCCGAGUGGGGGACGUGGGGGGAAUUAUAA